AUGGAGCUGACCGAGACGGCGCGCAGCGCCGCUCCGGAGGAGGGCCAGAAUAUGGAGGUCCUGAUGCAGACGGAGUACUUGGAGGUGGUGAAGCUGCCACUGACCAGCUCGGUGGUGCAUGUUUUGCCCAAGGGCGACACCCACGAGCUCGGCGGCCCGCGGCAAUUGUCCGUGGACUACGUGCCGCUGCUGAGACUCGUCUCUGUGAAGUUGUUUGGUCUUGAGACCUCCGACGACAUCGCGCCGGACCUGCUCUACUCACAAGCGUUUGUGACCGUGGAGCAAGGUGACCGCCCAAAGAACUGGGGAAAGGACGGCGGGAUCUUUCAGAAGGGUUUGGAGACCAUUGGUCGGAAGCUGUGGAUGUCCGACGGCUCGGGCGGAACUCUGAAGCAGCCGCCCAUGAAAACCAAGAAGGCGCGGGCCUGGGGCUCUGCCCAAGGUGUCGCACCCAAAGGCAGCUUCAUGCAGAACAUCAGCACGCACUCGCAGCUGAUGAUUGAGCGCCUGGCGAUGGACAAGGGAAUGAGCUACGAGGAGAUCGCGGAGAUUGCGGGCAUCUCGGAGAACCAGGUGAAAGUCCUGGUGGAGAUGCAGCGGAGCUUGUCAGUGGUUUGGUACCAGGCCUUCCACCGGCUCUUGGAGUACCCAGGUGGCGUGGUGACGGUGGAAGUGUUUCAGGAGGACAAGACACCCAUCGGAAAGGUCACCGUGGACCUGGCAGAGGUGCGGUCAGAUUCCGGGGAGGGAACCUGA